CGCUGCCGGCCCUGGGGGAAGGCGUAUUGAUUAAUGCAUUAAUCGCAGUGCCACGACUUCAGUUAGCAACACCGACGCAAGCAAUAGGCGUCUGGGGCUGCCCUCGGGGAAUCAAUAGGCAAUUUCGGACGACCUACUUUGGAAAGGAAUUCUUUUGCCGUUUUCGACUAUUUUUCAAAGACUUAGAAGUUGGACGAAGAAAAUUCGGACAAGGGUUCGUAACUACCUUUCCAAAGUAGGAAGAUUUCUGGGAUAGCUGCGCAGGGUAUCGCAAAGUAGCGGGAAACAAAGAUCAGGCAGAAGAAAUGGAAUUUUAUGACCCUCAGAUGUUUGCAGUCAUGGCCUUUGGAGGAUUCAUGUUUAUCUCAGCUAUUGGAAUAUUCCUGGUGUCCACCUUUUCUAUGAAAGAGACAACUUAUGAAGAAGCUCUGGCAAAACAGCACAAGGAGCUGGAAAAAGCUAGCCAGCAUAAGAUGGAAAAGAAAAAGAAAGAGAGACCUGUGGAAAAGAAAGGAAAAGGGAAAAAGGGGGAGGAAAAACCUAAUGGAAAAACACUUGAGCCAGAUUUGGGAUUGGAUAAUACUGAUAGUUUUAAAGAUGCUAGUCCUGAACCAGUUUUGAUUAUUGAACCAAUAGCCUCUCAGUUACCAGUUACAUCAUUUUCAGUUGUUCCUCAGGUGGAAAAGUCAGACCCGUCUCCUAAAGACAAGAAAAAGAAAGAAAAGAAGUACACAACUUCAAAUGAACUGGUUUCUGAUGGGAAACCCAAGGAGGUGCCAGUAAGUGCCUUUUCAACAUUGAGAUCUCAGCAGCAUAGCCCAUUUAUUAACUUGGCCACUGUCAAAACAUCAGAAGAUCUUGGAAACCAAGAAGAAUUGAAACAUGAUAGAGAAUAUAAAAAGAAAACUAGUGUUAAAAAGAAGAGAGAGUCAACUACCAUAGAUGAUGAUAGCAUUCCUUACAUUCCCUACAAAACUUUGAUUUCUAUAAUCAGAAAUACAUUUUUUGAUGAAAGUGAGGUCCAGGAGUUGAUUGAAAUCUUAACCAAGAAAGCAGGAGGAGCUCAAGAUCCAUGGCUUGUGGCAACUCAGAAAGGUGACCCCAUUGCUAUUCUAAAACGGCAACUAGAAGACAAAGAAAAGCAACUUGCUAUGGAACAUGAAAAUGCAACUGCUGUAAAAACUAAACUGAACGCACUUACAAAGGAAUUUGCUUCUGAGAAGGCAAGGACCAUCACUACUGAGAAUAAGUGGAAAGAGCAACUGCAGACACAGAAACAAGAAAUGUCCACUGUAGAAGCCCAAAUGCAGGCCAGUAAACAGCAACAUAAAAUGCAGAUACAGCAGUUGCAAGAAAAGAUUCAAACACUACAAGAACAGCUGCAGAAUGGCACUAAUGAUCAUCUGCAGCAAGAAAAUUGCAUUCUCAGAGAUGCUUUAAACCAAGUAACAAGCCAGACUGAACACAAACAAAAUACUGAACUAGCUAAAUUGCUUCAGGAUUAUAAUAAACUAAGCAAGGAGUUGACUGAAAAGAUGGAGGUUUUACAAGAGGUAGAGGAACAGAAGAAGGCUCUGGAGAUGAAGACUGUUGCCCAUGAAGAACAAAUCCACCUAUUGCAGAUAUCCCAGAAAGAAAGUGAAGGCCUACUACAGGAGAGCUUGGAUGACGUCAGGGAAGAACUCUGCAAAUCACAGGCCAAUUAUCAACGCUUACAGAUAGAUCUGGAAAAGGCAGAAGAGCAGCAGUUCGAUUUUGCUGAACUUCAGUCUAAACUCUUGUGCUCUGAAACAGAGCUGAAGAGAAAGGUAGAAGAAUGUAAUAAUCUCCACCUUAAAUUAUCAGAUGCAACUUGCAUAAACUUUCAGCUUGAAGAAAGGAUUAAAUCAGUUGAAGCCCUUUUAGAGUCAAGCCAAAUGAGAGAUGCAGAGAAAAACAAAGAUAUGCAGGAAACAAACGGAGCAGAAAUAAGGUGCCUUCUCUUAAGGUUACAGGAAUCAUCCACUCAGGCAUCCACAUUGGAGGAUGAAGCUUCAAAAUUAAAGCAUAUGGUUGAACAGCUGAAAAUGGAAAACAAUGACCUGACAAUUUCAUUAAAAGAAACAAAUGAGGCACUGCGCACACUACAAGCAAAAUGUGAUCAGUAUAGGAAUAUUCUCACAGAGACGGAAAGAAUGCUCAAGGACUUGCAGAAGCGGUUGGUAGAGGAACAGCAGGUGUGGCAAGAGAAACUGGCUGUAUCUGAAGAAGCCCUUGCAAAGACUCAAGAUUUGAUGUACAGCUUGCAAGUUGAAUUGGAGAAACUAAGAUGUGAUAGGAAAGACUCUGCUUAUAUAAAAAAGGAAAUUCUCCAACUUCAGGAGACAUUGGAUAACGAAAAGAAGUUAACAAAGGAUUUGGGAUGUGCAACCACCAAACUAAAAGAGCUUUUGAAGGUCACCCAAGAACAGCUGUCCAAGGAAAGAGAAGCAGUGAUGAAAUUACAAGAACAGCUUCAAAACAGGGAAGAAAAUGAAGGCAUUGCCAAGGAAGGUACAUCUGUUUGACAGAUCAAGAAUCCAGGAUGUGCACUUUAUCAGACUUAAAUGUUUUUCUAUAUUUCUAAAGUACACACUUAUUUACUGUAAAGAGAAAUAAAUAAGAAAAUAGUGACCAGAAACUAUUUUCAAAAGAAAUAAAAAGUCUAUAAAUACAGUGUUUGUUAUGAAAAUUUUCCUUUUGUAAAAUAUGCUUGUUUCCUUCUCUUUCUAAAGGGAGAUUAUCUGCAUUAAAAUAUUUCUUAAUAUCUGGAGAGAGAGUCUCCUUAGACUGAACAUCCUGAUUUCUUCAUUUGUUUUGCAUAGCAAACUCUUCUAUUUCUGGGAAAAACCAUAGUUUCUUUCUUUCUUUUCUCCUUUGUAGCUACUUUCUUUCAUUUCUUGCCUUAUCUACCAAUUUAUGCCCUUGCAACAGCACUCAUUAACAUCUUUAAUUCACAAAUAAUUAUCUGAGGAGAAAAAAAUGUCUUUUUUGGAUAAAUAAAAUAUGCUGUUAGUUAAAUACCUACAGAGCAGUGAUUAUCUUCUGUUACCUACUCUCAUUGCACUACCUUUCAUUACAAAUGUGCUUCAGAUAGAUCUGCUUUGAUGUUUUUCAGUUACUUAUUAAAUUGAUCUCUUUAGAAGGAAAUAAUGCUGUGAUGUGUCACAGCUCUAUAACAGAAAAUUUUACAGAGACAGAAUUGACUUUAUCUUGGUUUAUAGUCAUGAUUCGUAAUUAAUUUAUUAAGAAUACUUGAAGAAGGGUCUUAAAAUUGGUGCUGACUAGCAGUGAAAAACUGUUGAGAAUAUGAGAAAAUGGGAAAUAGCCAGAGUUGAUUAGUAAUGAGAAAAUGACACACAUAGCUGAAAAGUGUAAUAUACACGGAUACUGCAGAGUAGCCUUUUCCAACCGGGCAUUCUCCAUUUGUGUUGGAAUUGCCACUUCUGAUAUUCCCAGUAAGGAUAGCCAAAACAUGGGAUCACAUCAGGUUGGAGAAGUC